AUGACGCGAUGCGAGGGCAAGGAGGUUUUAUUGCUGCACUCGGCUCUGCGGAAGUACGUUCCAAUGCCGCGCGACGAGGAGAUAGACAGCUUCGGGCAAACUGUGGAAGACAAGGCCGACCUGUUGCAGGAGUUGCUCAUGGGACUUGCAGACCACUUUGGAGUCGACGCCCCUGCAGCUGUGGAUCUGAGCAACCUGGGAAACUCUUUCCUGCAGGAGCUGUACCAGAUGCUGAGCCACGUCAAGGCUGAAGUUGUGGCCAUGGCAACUUGUUGUAUAGCCGUACAAAUGAUUGAGGAGACACCCCCACACAAGAGCCGAGGGAUCCUGAGAGGUAGACAAGAGUUGGCAAGUGACCAAACUCUGCGUGGCGAAACCCGGGCUCGAGUUGUUUUGCCGAGUGUGCUACGCGUGUCAUGA